AUGGAGUUAAACAACCCAGGGGGCUUUCGCUCCCAACGCUCAUACCCCAACCUCCACCAUGUCUCCCUCGCUCCACUCACCCCCCGAUUCCCCAUAGACGACGACAUCGAACCAACAGACUACUUCAGUCCACGCGACACUCUCGAACCAACACCCAGCGGGUCCAAAACACCCCCACGAACUUCGUACUUCUCUAGCGUCUCCGUCCCCAGCACUCCACCCAUCCUCUCACAUUCGCGAACGAUUCAAAUCUGCAAUCUCAUACCCGGGAACUUUCUCUCCCACUCCACCACCAGAGUCAUCAUCAGCAUAAGAAAACAUCCAGUUCACCCCAUAUACGCCGACCACAGAGCGAACACGCCCACAGCCAUGCCCAACCCCCCCACGACCAAAUCAGACGCAGAAUGGAUGCUCCGCGCCGGAAUAGCCCUCGCUUCCUCGACCCGCGAAGAAAAAGGCCAAAGCUGGCUAUCCAAACGCGAAAGUUCAACCAGUCUCGUCACCGAGAUCCCCAUCGACAAUGAGCCGACGCAUCACCGGCACCACUGGCGCACGAAGUCGGGGUCGUCACGAAAGUCUCGGCCGGGUUCCGGUCUUGAGGCUGAUUUUGUGGAUGAGCGGAUUCGGGCGGAGAUGGCUUCCUUGCAGCGGGGGGAUGGAGAUGGAGAUGAUUAUUACGGGGAUGGCUUCGAAGGCGAUGAGGAGUACUGGGAUGGAGAGGAAUACGGGGAUGAAGGGUCCGAAUACGAUUAUUCCUCCGAUGAGACGCCGGAUGAAUUUGACGAAGCUGAUUUGCAGCGACUCACGCGUGAGCGUGGAUUCGGGUUGGGAAGUUGGAUUGAUCGAUUGGUUGAGUGGACUUUGUUUGGCGUUGAGGAAUGGCCUGCUCCGGGUCUUUCGUCGACGGCUGCGACGCGCAUUGGGACUACGCCUACUACUACGACUGUGACGUUUGAAGAACCGCUGGCUGGAGGUAGUCUCGAGCGGGAUGAGGGUCAUGAUAAUUUAUCCCUUGCGUCUGCGGAGUUGGAUCGGUAUUCUGAUAUUGAUUCUGUUUCCCAUGCCGAGGAGCCGGUUGUUGUUGAGAAGCCUGGGGAACAGGGUGGAUGGGAGGAUGCGAGUUGGUUGUUCCGGGUUGUGAAGCGUGCCAUCAUAUAA